AUGCUUCUGAGAAGUAAAAACGAUGAGAUUAUUCUCAGAUUUGCUGCUGGUGCAAUCGCCAACCUUGCAAUUAACCCAACCAACCAUAAGUUGCUCAUGGAUCAAGGAGGUAUCGGUGUAUUGUCAUCAGCAUUAGCUAAUGCUCAAGAUCCUCAAAUUCUCAGGAUGGUUGCUGGAGCAAUUGCAAAUCUAUGUGGAAAUGGUAAAUUGCAUACAAGACUAAAAUCAGAAGGCGGGAUUGCAGCUUUGUUGGGAACGGUCAGAUGUGGACAUCCUGAUGUUCUUGCACAAGUUGCUCGCGGAAUUGCAAACUUUGCCAAAUGCGAGUCAAGAGCAUCAACUCAAGGAACUAAAAGAGAAAAAUCACUCUUAUUAGAAGAAGGUGCGCUCUCUUGGAUUGUACAAAACGCCAAAACCGAAGCUUUACAAGCCAGACGACAUAUCGAAUUUGCUCUGUGCUUCUUAGCACAAAACGAAGCGAAUGCGGAAGAGAUGGUGAAGGGAAGAGCUAUGUGGGAGCUGGUGAGACUUUCAAGAGACUAUUCUAAUGAAGACGUAAGAAGUUUUGCUCAUACAACUCUUACUUCAAUUCCCACUUUUCUCACUGAGCUCAGACGUCUUCAUGUUGAUCCUUGGGUGGUGACUGAAAAUGCGGUUAAUCCGUCAGUGGCAGUCGGUGAUAUGGAUCACAACUUUGUCGUUGAGUCUUUUUACUCCUUUAUGUUCAGAAGCACCAUUAAAUAA